AUGGCCCUGCCGUCCAAAGUCUACCAGGUCCUAGUCGGCGUCUUCGCUGCCCUGAGCUCGUUCCUCUACGGCUACGACUUGACCAUUGUCGCAGAGGUUGUCGUUAGCCAGUCCUUCAAUCGCAAAUUCCACCCCAGCGUCGACGAGAUCGGCCUCGUCGCCUCCCUCCUCACCGCUGGUCCCUUUGUCGGAGCCGCCCUGGCCGCCACUACCAGCGACUUCCUUGGUCGCCGCGUCAUCAUCGGUACGGGCGAUGUCAUCUUCUGCCUCGGCGGUGCCCUGCAGACAGGCGCGGAGAACUAUAGCUAUGUCAUUGGCGGCAGGUCCAUCAGUGGCUGCGAUGUCGGCAUCCUCGCCAUGAUCAUCCCCUUGUACCAAGCAGAGCUGGCACACCCGGAUAUCCGAGGCCUCGUCACGGGCUUGCAGCAGUUCAUGCUCGGCGUUGGUGGCGUCUGCGGUGCCUGGAUCAGCUACGGCACCUACAUCGGCUUCACGAACGACCGCCAGUGGCGCAUCCCCUUUGGUCUCCAGAUCGUCCCUGCCGCGCUCCUCGCGGGUCUCAUCGUCUUCUUCCCCGAGUCGCCUCGCUGGCUGAUCAAGAAGGGCAGGUCCGAGGACGGUCUGCGGACGCUGGCCAGACUCCACUCGGCCGGCGACACCGAGGAUGUUUGGGUCAUCAUCGAGCACCAGCAGAUCCAGGACUCGGUGGCGCACGAGUCUGAAAUCGAGGCCAAGUCGUACACAGAGCUCUUCCGCGACCGCGCCAACUUCCGCCGGGUGGUCAUCGCCUGUGCCAUCCAGGCGGCCACGCAGAUGACGGGCAUCUCGACCAUCCAGUACUACUCUGUCACCAUCUUUGCCCAAGGCGGCAUCAAGGGUGAAGACACCCUUCGAUACCAGGCCAUCAACUCCGUCAUUGACCUCAUCAGCGAGGACCUGAUCAUGCUCUUCAGUCGACAAGACGGGUCCACCGUCCUCAUGGCCAUGUUCCCAGCCUCCGCGAACAGCACCGGGGCCUAUUGGGGCUUCAUCAUCAUGACCUGGCUCUUCAACUUCUGCUUCUCUAGCAUGGGUUCUCUCUGUGCGUAUCCCCCUCCACUUGGUAAGCCCAUCGGAUCACUUACCGACGAACUAGCCUGGGUCAUCCCCGCCGAAAUGUACGACAACCAGACACGCGCCAAAGAAGUUGCCCUGGCCACCAUGGCCUCUUUUGCAUUCAAUACCAUGAUCGGACAGGCUACGCCCCUCGGGAUGGCCAACGUGGGCUGGCGCUUCUACAUUCUCUUUGUGGUGACCAAUAUCACCGACGCCCUCUUCUUCUGGUCAUUUCUCCCGGAGACCGGCAAGGUGCCGCUCGAGGAGAUGAGGCGUCUCUUUUCCGAGUCGCCCCUCUUUGUCGGCAGCAGGGAGACGAGCCAGUAUUUCACCCCCAAUGCUUCGCAGCUGGCCCACGAGCUCGACGAGAAGCACCAGGUCACGACUGUGGAGUAA